AUGGGUUUGUUCGAGGCAGGCGGCGGCGGUGGAUUUUGUCAGAGAUUGACCGAGCAGACAAGGUCUAAGAUUGCCAAGACCCGCUGGCGCAAUCGUGGGCUCGUUUUGCAGGCUGUACCUAAGAACAGCCCACACCAAGGCGGGACCAGUUGUGUGUCCAGCUGCAUCCGCAAGCCUGGUGUUUAG